CCAUUGGCUAUAUCUCGCCAUAGACUGGAAAAUGCUUAGAUGCCCAGAAGCCAUGUCGGAAAGCGCAGCAUAUCACUGAGCAUGCGGCCAGAUGAGUGCAGGCGGUGCUGCCCUUCGUGGUCGAGUGGUGGAAGUGCUGCCCUGCGCUGUGCUGUUGGAGGAGCUCUCUGGGAGCUCUGCUCGGUACCUGGCGUUGCGGCAGGGUCUGGAAGAGCUCCGCGUAGGCAUGCCGGUGAACUUCCAAGUGAGCUGGCAACCUGGGCUCAGCGAGGCAGCAGGAUACCUACGAGCCUCGAGAGUCGCCCCAGCCACACCAGUACCGCGAUCAGCUUCCAGUACCGCAAGGACGAUAGAGGCAGCAGAGAUAGCAGAAACUGUAGACGCUGUGCAUUGCAUAGACGGUCUGGCAGCAAGCCUUGAAGAAGCUCGAGCCAAGGAGGAUGGGAAUCUCAUGUGCGAGGUGUUGGGCAACUGCGUCGACGCAUUGAAGGUUGCCACACGGGUGCCCACGAGGACACCUUCAGAGCUGAAGCUGCUGCAUCUACUUUGGCGCUCUUUGAACUCACUGGAGCUGUCGGGCCCCACACUUCUCAGCUUGCGCCCGGCCCUGGACUGCUGUGCUGCGCUCGGUGCACACUGCGCAGCACGGAGCAUUGCCUGGCACCGCGUGGAAGCCUUGCUACGAUCGCCAUCCAAGGGGGGCGAGAGGAGCACCAAAGCUGUUCCAAAGCGCUGGGAGGCCAAGUGCAACGUGGAGGGCUGUGCGAGCCAAGCACGUGGCCGGGUGAAGGACUUGGAUCUCUACGGCCCGGCCGGUCCCCGUUGUUGCCUUCACGGCGCCCGGCGUUGCAACGUCUUCGGCUGCAGCGGCUUCGCGCGCGCGGCAGCGGCGCGCGCGGACCGCUGGGGACCUGCUGGGAGGCGCUGUCCGAAGCAUUGCACUUCUUGGACCAGGUGGUGCAACGUCUCGGGCUGCUUGCGCUUUCCCCGUGGCCUGGUGGAUGCCAGCGAUGCCCUGGGACCUGCCGGGCACCGCUGCGACCGGCACGGCUGCGGGUGUCGGGUCGCCGGCUGUUCCAACGCCCCUUGGGGCCAUGGUGCGCUGGGCCGAGCCUGUUGGCUUCACGGCGGCACCCGCUGCACGGCGCAGGAGCACAUGGGUGAAAGCUGCGUUCGUCCGCCCCGGCGGCGGGUGGCGCAGGGAGAUGAACAUGGCCAGUUGGUGGCAAUGGGAUGGGAGUAGUAUGGCUGCCCUGAGCUUGGAUCUUUCGAGAGGACGAGUGGGAUGGGAAUGCAGAUGCUACAUGAUGUUACUGGGAACGGGGUGAUUUUCGGGGUUCAACAACGCCGAUGGGCCAAGAGCCAUGCGGGUUUGUUCGGAAGAGAUGGGCCUUUCGCGUGCUUUGGGGUGAUUCCGGCGCACCUGCCUUCCGCCUUCUAUUCUAUACAAUCGCAUGGAUGGGAUUGAGCAAUUGCACUCCCAGUUGGCAAGAAGCCUUGAUCGAUAUAUAUAUAUAUAUGUAUGGGGUCAGAAUUUGGGAUAUUUGGGCACAUUGUGAAGGGCAGGAAGUUGAGGUGAGAUUCCAACUCCUCAAUGAUCCACUACCGACCCACGAGGAUGUGAUGUUUUCCAAGAGAUGCAUUCAACAUAUGCCUCUUGCGCAUUCAUGUUGCUUGAAACCCUUCCCGCUCCAACGCCCUUUUUUAGGUAAGCGC